AUGCCAAGCAACGCCACCGUAAGCCCUGAAGGUCCAGGAGAAAAUCCGCAGGGGACAAGCAACAAUGCGAGAGCCGCCAAUGCGACCUCAGACCCUACCCCACCAACUGACAGCCAGGGAACCGGCGGCAAGGUGAACUCGAAGCCGCCAACCAAAACAGACGACCCAGCCAGCAGUAACCUUACAUCUGGAGUCGACAUACCACCCGGCCGCGAUGACAGAGACAACAAGGGGAACCUGGCCGCCGAGAAGGUGCUGUCGGUGUCGGCGAACCUGGCGAAGCUGCUGCCGUCGGGCGCCGUGCUGGUGUUCCAGACGCUGUCGGCGAACUUCACCAACCAGGGCUCCUGCACCACCGCCAACAAGUGGCUCAGCGCGCUGCUCGUCGGCUUCCUCACCGCCGCCUGCAUCUUCCUCACCUUCACCGACAGCAUCGUCCACGCCAACAAGAUCUACUACGGCGUAGCCCUCCCGAGGCGGCUCAAGAUCUUCGCCCUGUCCCGGGAGGAGGAGCGGCGGCUGCUCAAGGACCUCAAGAAGGACCUCGUGGAGCGCCGCCUCAAGACGCUGGACUGGGUCCACGCCUUCUUCACGGCCAUCGUGUUCCUCUCCAUCGCCAUGGGCGAUGUCGGGCUCCAGAAGUGCUUCUUCCCCGACCUGAACAGCGACGAGAACAAGAACCUCAAGGAGCUGCUGAGGAACGCGCCGCUGGGGCUGGCCCUACUGUCCAGCUUCGUGUUCAUGAUCUUCCCCACCACAAGGCACGGCGUCGGCUUCGACAACGGUAGCCGCCAACCUGCAGACGACAAGCAACAGAGAAAGGAUGAUGAUCGGAAGGCCGCUGAUAAGUCGUCUCAACCCGUCGACAUAGAGAAAGGACAAGCACCUGAUUCCAGCACCAAGGCUUGA